ACCAAUCACAGCGCGACCUCAAGCACCUCCAAGAUGGCGACAUCCAUCCAGAACCGCUGUAGGCACAUCCUGUGUUGGCAAAAUCCCCGCUGUAACUAAUUGAAACAAAGUAAGACACAUGCGGCAAUACAACUAAUAAUAUCGAUUUAGCCGUCGGAUAUCUGCACAUGUCGGGUGACAGCGUGGCGUUCGCUUUCAUGGCUCUUUUUGAAUGAAAUUGGGCGUCCUCUCGCCAUGGCCACCGACAACAGGAUUCAUUUCUGGAGGAGAAACCCAAAGGUUCCCGGAAGCUUACAGCCUGUAUAUGGAGCACAGCACCCUCCUCUGGACCCACGCAGACACCGUCAAUUAAAAGAUACUCCAAAGGCCAGCAGUUUGAACACCAAAUCCAAAAAACCUUCCACUUUCCACGAAUUUGCUCGGAGCACCAAUGAUGCAUGGGACAUUGAUGAUGAAGAGGAUGACGGUAUGUUUAGUCUCAAACAGCACUCAUCUUCACCUGUCCAAUCACGGUCCAUGCCUCAAACACCAUGCGUCAAAUUCAUCAAAGCCCCAGAGGACACCGAGUCACUGCCCCGCCCACUGGACAGGCAGGAAUCAAUCAGCACAAACCCCGUUCAGGAUCGUCUGGAUGACAAAGGCAGUCCAGUCAAUGGCAGGGUGGUAAAGUCUUGUAGCGACGCCCAGCUGAGUGUUAAUUCAGCUCGUAAUACUCUGCAGAAACAGCAGUCGCUUCCUGUACGGCACGUCAUUCCAUUGGUUGCCCGCAUUUCAGAUCAAAAUUCCUCUGGAGCUCCGCCCAUGACCGUGAGAGAGAAGACUCGAUUGGAUAAAUUCAAGCAGCUACUUGCAAGUCCCAACACAGACCUGGAGGAGUUACGGAAGCAUAGCUGGUCGGGAAUCCCUCGUGAAGUUCGCCCAGUCACCUGGAGACUCUUAUCUGGCUAUCUUCCAGCCAAUAGGGAACGAAGGGAUCUGGUUCUCCAGAGGAAGAGGGAGGAGUAUUAUGCCUUCAUCGAGCAGUAUUACCACUCCAGAACAGAUGAGAAUCACAGAGACACAUACAGACAGAUUCACAUCGAUAUCCCGAGGACCAACCCUUUGAUUCCUUUGUUCCAGCAACCACUGGUGCAGGAGGUGUUUGAGCGGAUUCUGUUCAUCUGGGCCAUCCGUCACCCCGCUAGUGGAUACGUGCAGGGCAUUAAUGACCUGGUCACUCCCUUUUUUGUGGUCUUCCUCUCUGAAUUCGUGGAGGAAGACGUGGAAAAUUUUGAAAUGGCAAGCUUGCCCCAGGAUACACAACGAAACAUUGAGGCCGACAGCUUUUGGUGCAUGAGCAAAUUGCUGGAUGGGAUACAGGACAACUACACAUUUGCCCAGCCUGGGAUACAGAUUAAAGUCAAGGCGCUGGAAGAGCUCGUUAGCAGAAUAGAUGAGGAUGUCCACGUGCACUUUCAGAAGUGUGAGGUGGAGUAUCUGCAGUUUGCUUUCCGCUGGAUGAAUAAUCUGCUGAUGCGGGAGCUGCCGCUACGCUGUACCAUUCGCCUGUGGGACACCUACCAGGCCGAGUCAGAGGGAUUCUCUCAUUUCCACCUCUAUGUGUGCGCUGCCUUCCUCAUCAAAUGGCGCAAAGAGAUCCUCUCCACGUUGGACUUUCAGAACCUGCUAAUGCUCCUGCAGAACCUUCCCACAAUACACUGGGGCAACGAAGAGGUGGGUUUGCUACUGGCAGAGGCUUACAGACUCAAAUACAUGUUUGCUGAUGCUCCGAGCCACUACAAGAGAUGAGAGCCUGUAAGCUGACCACAGCAUGACCCUGCAAAACCCAGACGAUGAUCUGACCUAACAAUGGGAUCGGUCCAAACAGCACUCCUUUGCUCGGUUUAAUCUGACACAGCGAAGAUCGAGCUCACCAAUUUUCUCCAAUGACAUCAAAUUUGUGUCAUCGUCUGUUACAAUUCACGAUCAAGAACAGGACGGCGUAAACAACCACGGACAAAACGGAUAUUUCGGGAAAAAAAAACUCCCAGAGAUCUUGAAAGCUGACUGUUCAAUUUGCCUGCAGAUGACUUCAGAAGAUAGCUGACAGUGAGAUGCCAAGAGCAGAGGAACAGAAAGCGCUUAUGUGAGCGUAUCAAACUAAAAACAGAAGGAUGCGGCAUCCUAGGCUUCCCCACAUCUUCCUAUAUUUGUUACCUCAGAUGUGGAGAAACCACCUCUCGUUUUUAUUUCUUGGCAGGUCUUCAUUUUUUAUUUUGUUCCCUCUAUGCCGGUGUUCUCAUGGUUUGUGUUAUUAGACCAUAAUGUGAUCUCCUCGGCCCUUCUGCUCAUUGCAACAUUGAUUGUACCACACACAGGUGCACGGGUCGAUUCCCAUCCGUAAUCACUCUGCGUUAUUGAAGCUCUGCAAUACAUGAAACUAUGGCAGCCAUAAAGGGUCAUUUCUCAAGAGGCACGGCUGAGCGUUCUGGAUUCGAAGAAUCAAUAUGCAACCGCGUGAGCGAUGUGUUUGGGUUUUGUUUUGGGGUUUUUAUGCUUUUAUAGAAUUGUGAGACUGUGAAUUUGAACAAUCCUGAACCAGUGGCUUUGUGUGAAGCCCGUGCACAAUUAUUUCUUAGACAAUUAGAACUUUAGCUUUAGUACUAGCAUUCGACUACUACUGAGAUAACGUUUCAGCAAAGAUAGCUGAAUCAAACUGCGGUGAAAUAUUAAUAUGGCUUUAUAAAGAAUGAAUCAGUGUGAUAUGAGGUCAGCCUAUGAGACCACAGGACUGCAGUCGUGUUGAAAGGAAACUACUGACUUCGAAGCAGACUGAAGGGUUUUGGUUUUAACUGCGUGGUACUGAAGAGUGGACGGGGGCGAUACCUGACAGACACGCUUCUACCAUCCUCACGUGCAUUUAAUCUCCCAGGGCAACCGAAUUAUGCAGAUCUCUAUGCUAAUCAGAUGUAGAUGAUCUGAUUAUCUCCUUUUUUCCCUUUUAAUCUUCGUUUCACCUUUCGGUAUAUUUAUUAACUGCAGGGCUGAUACAUUUUGAUCGGUGAUUAAUUGUUCACCUUCUAAAUCUUUCCAAACUAGAUGUGUAAUCUUUAUAAAUCGGCGUGUAAUGCGAAAUGAACGACUCCGACUUCUCAAAAGCAGAUGUUUUCAUUAAAAUCUCUAUUCGUUUCAUUUAACUCGGACCAAAACCCUGCAUGGAUAAUCUGAAUAAUAAAUUAAAGAAAUGUCUUUCUGCUUUAAUUUUUGAAGCAAAUGGAGUGUAUUGAUUAGAUGGAGGUGUCCGAAUCGGUUAAAAGUGAUGCCGUUAUGGAGUUUGCUGAUGUUAAAUGCUUGAACAGUGUACAUUUUGUCAGCUCGCUGUCCUUAUUCAUCCAUCAGAGACAUUUGAAACCACCUGCGCCAUGCAGUCUCACCAUCUUUGAUGAGGCAUUUACAGUGCUGCACUCUUAUUUUGAGGUGAAUUGGAAUGUAUUUUACUUAAUUUUUUUCAGUGUAUGUCUGUCUUUUCAUACAUUACUGAGCUCAUAUUCACUCCAGAGAUAAUUAGUUUGCUCGUCACACUUUAAAAGUGCGCUAAUGAAGUGGUGACUUGAGAUUGCUGACCCUGGUGAGGAGAUGGAGCAGUGAUUAUUCAUGAAGAAAGUUUGAGUGGACUUCCAGAUUAACUCCAGGUUUUAGUCUUUUGAAUGUUGUAAAUGUCUACAUUGAUUGAUUUUAUUAAUGAAUCUUGUUCAAGUCAACAUGAAAUCAAAAUGAACAGCAUUUGCUUCAUCGGUGGUCUUAUUGUGUGCGGUCCAUCAGGGCACACAAUAAUCUUCUGCCUCUGAAUCAGCUUUUUAGUUCUCCUGCUGUCAUUUAGGCUAUUGAAUAAUGUUAACCAGCAAGAUGCUCUUGAGGGGGAAAUUGACCAUCAGUUGACCUCAAUGUGCGGCUCUCAAGAUAUGGGUCUUGUGCAGAAUUGUCCACCUUUGUCAGUGUCUGAUCAAAAGCUUAAAAAAAUUAUCUCUUGAGCUAGUUUUUCUUAAUCCGUUAAUGCAAUGCCAAGUUGUUAGUUUGAUUAAUGAAGGCUAACUGAAAGGGAAAUAUUUAUUUGAACCAUUUUUUUUAAUAUAAUGAUAUAUCAUUUUUUUUAUGAUUAAGAAUAAAUAAUGUACCGUUCAAAAGGAUUUUUCAUUGUCAUUAAAAUAAGUCUGUAAUGCCCACCAAGUCUGCAUUUAUUUGCUCAGAAAAUGCAGUAAUAUUGUGAAAUAUUAUUACAAUUUAAAAUAACUAUUUUCUAUUUUAAUAUAUUUGAAAAUGUAAUUUAUUUCUGUAACGCAAAGCUGAAUUGUCAGAAUCCUUAUUCCUGUCUUCAGUGUCACAUGAUCCUUCAGAAAUUAUUCUAAUAUACUGAUUUGAUGCUCAAGAAAAAUUUAUUAUUUUUUUUUUUAUUAGAUUUUUUUUUUUUUGGAAAUCAUGAUGCAUGUUUUCAGGAUUGUGUGUUGGAUUAAAAAAAGUCCAAAAACAUUUUUAUUAGAGCAGCCCUUCGGCCAUGGCUUUGAGGAUGGAAAUUCUGCAGCAGUGUCGGAUCUGAUGGUGUUCAUGACCACAGUCCUUUACAAUCCAUUCAUUCUCCUACAGCAUGCAACUCUCACUCUCCAUCAUCCAAUCGAUUCCUGCUGGAUAAAAUAUUAAAGUGCAACCCUGCGUUUUGUUUGUGAAUAUUUUGUUCCACUUAAACUGGGUGCUUUCAUGUUGACUUGUGCUCUUCUGGACAUCUUUCAUCAGGAACGUUUUAAAAAGUCUGGAUUUCUCAAACACAUCUGAUUGUAUUGCAUCUAUUGCUUAUAUGUGCAUUCAUACCUUGUUUAUCCAAAUACACAUUAAACCACAGGUUUAUGAUCUGCAUAUGGUACAAACAAUGAGUACUAACAUAAUGUGAAUAUAUUACUUUUUUGUUUUGUUUCUGCCCUUUAAAUUUUGGACGCGUCAGCUCUGCUUGGUAUACUUUGUUUUUUUCUGUUUCCAUUGCUUUUUUUUUUUAAAGAAAAGGAAAAGUGAGCGCCCUGCUGGUACCGCCACUAUCCUAUUUAUAGACAUGUCCUCUAUGUCUCGAGUUAUUUGUCUCCUUCCCGUGACUUGUCCUGGGAUUUUCAGCUUUUUUUUUUUUUUUCUUCUCUCCAUUUUGGGCUUCUCGCUUGGCAUUAUUCCUCCUUUCAUUUAUCCAUUUCAUCCAUCGGGCCUGUGUUUGAAAGAUACGCUUUCAUUCUUUUCUUUUUUUUUUUUUUAUUUAUUCAAAAUGUACUCUCAAAUUUUAGCGUCAAAUAUUUGCCUUGGGUCUGCAAACAGAAAUGGUGCUUCUCCCUGUAUUAAUCAUUCAGCUUGUGGAGAGAGUAAUUUUUUGAUAAUGUAGAUGUGAAAGAACAGUGCUGUGGUUUAUGCGGCUCAUGAUUGUGUUCACAGUUUGCAAUGCAAAUGAGCCUCUCUAGCAGCUUCAUAGUGCAUCCUAACGCCAGGACUCUUUUAUUUGUGUGUUCCUCUCUGCGUAAAAUGGCCAAAUCCUCAAGCCAUUGGGUUCUUCUUGCUUAAUCAGUGCUUUUGUAGUCCACACUGCUUUUAGCCUUAAAGAAAAAGAGGAAACGUGGGAGUUUCCUGCUGUGUAUUUGAUUUUUGGAUUCUAUUAAACUGUUGGUACUCUG